UCCUUUUCUUUUUUUGGUAAAACACCUCUCACUUUCCCUUGUCGACGUAGCAGAUAUGGGGAAAUCGAAGCAAGCCGUGGACUACUUCGUGGUGGAUGCUUUCACCGAUUCCCCGUUCAAGGGCAACCCGGCGGCCGUGUGCUUGCUGGAAGACGAGCGAGACGAUGCCUGGCUACAAUCGCUGGCCACGGAGUUCAAUAUCUCCAUCACUUGUUACCUGACUCGCUUGCUUCCGGCCACUUCCCCAAAUCCCAAGUUCCGCCUCCGCUGGUUCACCCCUGUCGCCGAGUUCAAUCUCUGUGGUCACGCGACAUUAGCAGCCUCGCACACCCUUUUCGCGAACGGGUUCGUGGAAUCCGACACGAUCGAGUUCGAAACAAUGUCCGGAAUCCUGACUGCCAGAAGAGUUGUUGCUGCUGCUGCAGGGGAAGCCAAUAAAGAUAGCUUCCUCAUUGAGCUGAAUUUCCCUAGAGUCCCAAUUACCGAGUUCAACGACUAUGUCACCGCCGCGGCGGAUGGUGACAUUGCUACCAUCUCCAAGGCAUUCAAUGGUGCUCCGAUUGUGGAUAUGAGACGGACCACCACUGCAGAGGAUCUCUUUCUGGUGCUGCCGUCUGGUGAAGCUGUGCUGGAAUUGGAGCCGAAUUUCGACGAGAUAAGCAAGUGUCCUGGAAGGGGAAUCAUCGUCUCCGGUGCAGCUCCGUCCGGGUCCGGAUUCGAUUUCUACAGUCGAUACUUCUGCCCCAAGUAUGGGAUCAAUGAGGAUCCAGUUUGCGGCAGUGCUCAUUGUGCUUUAGCACCCUACUGGAGCAAAAUCCUGGGGAAGUCUGAUUUCCUGGCGUAUGCGGCGUCACGAAGGAGCGGAGUGCUCAACGUUCGUCUCGACGAGGUCAAUGAGAGGGUGAUGCUGCGAGGGAAUGCCGUCACUGUUAUGAAGGGCUCUGUUCUUGUAUGA